GCUGCGCGAAGGAUUCCACGGCGUCAUCGCCACCGGGGCUGGAAUUGGAGGAGGAGGAGCUCUGUUCUUCCCGGAAUCGCGAGAGAGGGGAUGAGGAGGAGUCCUAGAAGGACUCUAAUGGAGCUCUCUUCAUCACUAGCGGGAAUAUUCGGCGUCCGCCAUAGCCAGCCAUUGCUGCGAGCUUCAUCUCUAGGUCACGCGCACGCCAUUGGAGAUCCUCCUCCUCCAUUGUCGCCGCCGCGAUCCGGCGGCGUGAGAAUGGCGGCCACUGCGCAGAAGGACGAGGUGGUGGGGAAUGGCGUCGCCGCUGCCGCUGCCGCUGCCUCUGCCGUGAUCUCUCGCCCUCUCCAGGUUUCCAAGCGGCUGGAGCAGUUCCAGCCCACGGUCUUCACGCUCAUGAGCUCCCUGGCGCUCACGCACCAGGCGAUCAAUCUCGGGCAGGGAUUCCCCAACUUCGAUGGCCCGGAUUUCAUCCGCGAGGCCGCGAUCCAGGCGCUCCGGACAGUGGGAAGAAACCAGUACGCGCGGGGGUUUGGAGUUCCAGAGCUCAAUGCCGCCAUCUCCAGGAGGUUUGAGAAGGACACUGGCUUGAAAGUGGAUCCCGACACCGAGAUCACGGUGACUUGCGGCUGCACGGAGGCCAUCUCUUCCACGAUUCUGGGCUUGCUCGAUCCGGGCGACGAGAUCAUCAUGUUUGCUCCUUUCUUCGACGUCUACCAGGUAGUCACAGCGAUGGUUGGCGCAAAGAUGAAGACGGUGGUGCUCAGGCCGGAGAAUGGAUUCGCAGUGCCAGAGGACGAGCUCCGCGCGGCAUUCACGAGCAAAACCCGAGCGAUCCUCGUCAACACCCCUCACAACCCGACCGGCAAAGUUUUCUCCCGGGGGGAGCUGGAGCUCAUCGCGUCCUUGUGCGUGGAGCACGACGUCUUGGCAUUCACGGACGAGGUGUAUAGCAGGCUGGUUUUCGAUGGCGAGCACGUCUCCCUCGCGUCGAUCAAAGGGAUGUUCGAGAGGACCGUGACGAUGAGCUCCAUGGGGAAGACGUACUCGUUCACGGGCUGGAAAGUUGGCUGGGCGAUCGCUCCUCCGCAUCUCAGCUAUGGCAUCCGGCAAGCUCACUCCAACAUCACUUUCUCGACGGCCACUCCGCUGCAAUGGGGUGCUGUGGCAGCGCUCGAGGCUCCAGAGUCUUACUACCAGGAUCUGAGGAGCGCUUACAUCGCCAGGAAGGAUAUCCUCGUCCAGGGGCUCAAGGAGGUGGGAUUCAAGGUUUAUGAGCCGCAGGGGACGUACUUCGUCAUGGUGGAUCAUACUCCGUUUGGCUUCAAAGACGACAUGGAGUUUUGCAUGCAUCUGGUCCACAAGGUGGGAGUGGCAGCGAUUCCUCCCAGUGGUUUCUACGAAGAUCCACAGGAUGGCAAGCAUUUGGUGAGGUUUGCCUUUUGCAAGGAUGAGGAUACGUUGAAAGCGGCCGUGCGGAAGCUUAGAGACCAUCUCAAAUACUGAGAUGAAUUUAUAAUAUUGUAGCAAAUAAACAGAAACAUUCAAAGUUAUAUUUUCAAGACUCA